AUGAAUGAGAUUCCUCCGAUUGUCAGUUCAAUUUUUCUCAAUGUUGAUGAUUCAGAUUUAGAGCCAAUCUACCAAUUAAUAUCACGAUCUAACAUCACCAAGCUAGACAAUUGUCAAUCGCUAAGAUAUAUCUUACCAGAGAGUUUGACUUCUCUAUCAUUCAGAUAUGAUUUUAAUGAACCAUUAUCAAUUCGCUAUCCACCGCCACAUUUGAAAUCUCUAAACUUGGAGCUGACAUAUUUCGAUAAGCCAAUCAAAGAAGGUGAUCUUCCAAAAACACUGGAGAGAUUGAAACUCGGAUAUUCUUUUAAUCAACCAUUUGAGCCAGGUGUAUUACCACCAUCGUUGAAAAUUCUAAAAUACCAAGGUAAUCAUGCUCUUAGAGUUGGAUCAUUACCUCCAAAUCUAAAGAAAUUCAAAGCAUCAGUAUUAUGGCUACCAUCAAUCAAAUCAUUGUCAAAUCUUAAAUCACUAUCAAUUUUCAAUGGUUUUCAAACAAUUGAUACAAGUUACCUUCCAUCCUCACUCACAAGACUCAAAAUUGCGACAGGAAGAUUAAAAUCAAAGAUUCCAUCUAUGAAAAAUAUCUGUUCAAUUAUAGCAACAUAUGAUAUAGACGAGAUAUUCAAAGAUCGAUCACAAUAUCAAUUUGAAUAUCUAAAGGUUAUUUCAUCCAAUCAAGAAUCACUUGGUUUGAAAAUGAAGCAUUUGGAGAUAUCCAUUUACGGAGAUAAAACAGAAAACGUUAGAGGUCUUCCUGAUGGAAUAGAAACACUUACCAUUGGAACUGAUUAUAGAGAUUCAUUGGUUAUCGAUGAUAUUCCUCCAUCAGUUCGAAAAUUAGUUAUUCAUUCUUUGGAUUUCUUUAAAAAAAAAGAGAAAAUUGAAGAAAUUCUACCAAAUUCAUUACAAGAAUUAGUUAUUCUCCAUUCUGGUAUUAUUAGUACAAAAGGCAACUUUGACAGUGAUAUUCUACCAGAAUCACUCCAGUCGUUGACUCUACCAUCAAUUCAACUUCCCCAACCUCGAAUCCCAAAAAAUCUUGUUAUGAUACCAUCUGGAGAAAACAAUCUUUGGUUAAGAACUCUUGACGAUCAUCAUUAUCUCUUUUUCACUGAACAUCCAAACUUUAUAUCAGCUAUUGUUGAUGAAUUACAAAUUCCAAAAAUAUUUGCUUUAUAUAAAUCAUUUAAAAUGAUAUCAAAAUAA